GGAAGGGAGGUGUAGGUUUGCAAAGGGGGGAGAUGGCGAUGGCGAUGGUGAGUGGCGCAGUGAGAAUUUCCACUUCGAUUUGCAGCCGCACUUCUCCUCCACACCAUCGCUCACUGCCUCUGUCUCUUCUGCCUGAGCCUCUUUUCGCAAGCUUUAGGUGCUUAUAGUUGGCGUUGUUGCGUGUCUAAUGCGAAGUGUUGUUUGUUGCUUGGUUUGAGGAUGAAUGUGCGGAAGAUUCGAUCGCUAUCCGACACUUUUAGGGAAAGGCUUGUAGUUUAGGAGAUCACUGCGCCGUGGAGUUGAAGUGGUUGGUUUCAGGGUGUGAGUUGCGGAGAGCGGAGUCGCGCUUGGUCUGUGCCGUGAGCUCCUGAAUAGGGACGAUGAUGCAGGAGAAACAGGGGCGGCCGGAUUUCCAGUUCCUGUUGGAAGGGCAGCAGGAUCUGAUAUGCCGGUUCCACAAGCACGAGUUGCUUCCGCACCAGUGCGGCUCCAUCUUGUUGCAGCAGAUCAAGGCGCCUGUGCAGACCGUGUGGUUGAUUGUGAGGAGGUUUGACGAGCCGCAGGUGUACAAGCGGUUCAUUCAGAGGUGUGACAUCGUUGAAGGCGAUGGCGUAGUGGGGAGCAUCCGGGAGGUGCAAUUAGUUUCUAGCAUUCCCGCCACAUCUAGCAUCGAGAGGCUGGAAAUUCUGGACGAUGAGGAGCAUAUCAUCAGCUUCAGGGUCUUGGGAGGAGGCCAUAGGUUGCAAAAUUAUUGGUCUGUGACUUCUUUGCACAGACAUGAGAUUCAAGGGCAGAUGGGAACUCUAGUGCUGGAGUCUUAUGUUGUGGAUAUUCCAGAUGGUAACACAAGAGAGGAGACGCAUACAUUUGUGGACACAGUCGUGAGAUGCAAUUUGAAAGCACUUGCUCAAGUCUCUGAGCAGAAACAUUUGCUGAACUCCAACGAGAAACCAGCGGCACCGUAGAUUAGAUUAGGCGUUUAAAGUUUUUGAGUGUGAAUGAGUCCGAUGAGAAGACUACUGUACCAUCGUGCCGUGUAAGAUUGAUUUGUAGUGCAGUUAUAGGAGUGUAAUCUGGGCAGGCUGACGUCAAAACAAAGUUGAGGACAUAUUUUCUGUUUGUGAUCCUUGCGCCUCAGAUGUGGGCUUGCAAUGACUAUCAUAUUUGAGUAGAGGCUUCUACGCACUCGAGAGUUUGCGUUUUUCUCGAUUAGGGUUAUUUAUCACAUGUUCUGUGCUACUACUGUUCAUAUUUCUGGAAAGCUCUCUGAUGUUUUUCUUUUCUUUCAAUGGAAGGCUCCUUUUAUCUGCGACCA